GGAGUCUGCUUCCAACUUUGUUUAUGGGACAGUCUGGGAGCAGCCGCGGCCGCGCUGUCUGCUGCCGCCGCGCCGCCCGGCCCCGCGCGCCUGAGGCCGGCUCGGGGGAUGUGAGACCCCGGCCCUCGGCUGCCCGCACCGCGUCCUGUCGGGAUUGGCCCGCGGGCGGGGCUCCGGCCGCCAGCUCCCGACGCUCCCCAGCGGCUCGGCCCGACGGCUAGCUCGGCGGGACGGCGCGCGCCCAGGUGGAGCCUGCCGAGCGCCCGCCGCACCCCGCAGGGCCGGCUCGCGGGCGGUGGGCCGGGCUGACUGCUCUGCGGGCCGCCUUCCUGGGAAGCUAGGACCCGUCCUUUGCCGCAGCGGCCCGGCGGCGUCCCGUGCAGCUGCGCCUGCUCCCCCGCGCCUCUUCCUCCUCGGCAGCGUCUCGGCUUCCAGAAGGUUGCAUAAUUCCGGAGGCCAGGAGGGACCCCUGCCCCAGCGCCUCGCCGCCGCGCGUCUGGCCCAGGACGGACACCUGACUGCCUCCCGUCUCCUCUCUCGUCCUCGCCCCGUCCCCACUCCUCCUCCAACUUGGACUCAAGGGCUGAUCCCAGCCGCCUGGCUCUUCAGAAGAUGAAUCCGUCCUCGGCGCCCCCGCCGCUCCCGCCACCCGGGCAGCAAGUGAUCCACGUCGCGCAGGACCUGGACACGGACCUCGAAGCCCUCUUCAACUCCGUCAUGGACCCCAAGCCCAGCUCGUGGCGGAAGAAGGUCCUGCCGGAGUCCUUCUUCCAGGAGCCUGACUCGGGCUCGCACUCGCGCCAGUCCAGUACCGACUCGUCGGGCGGCCACCCCGGGCCGCGGCUGGCCGGCGGCGCCCAGCACGUCCGCUCGCACUCCUCGCCCGCGUCCCUGCAGCUGGGCGCCGGCGCGGGCGCUGCGGGAAGCCGGGCGCAGCAGCACGCGCACCUCCGCCAGCAGUCCUACGACGUGACGGACGAGCUGCCGCUGCCCCCGGGCUGGGAGAUGGCCUUCACCGCCACCGGCCAGCCGUACUUCCUCAAUCACACAGAAAAGAUCACCACGUGGCAAGACCCUAGGAAGGCGAUGAAUCAGCCCCUGAGUCACAUGAGCCUCCACCCUGCCGUCGCCGCCACACCAGCGCCUCCGAGGUCCAUGGCGGUGUCCCCGCCAAACCUGGUGAUGAGUCACCAACACCAGCAGCAAAUGGCGCCCAACUCCCUGAGCCAGCAGAGCCGCGCUUCUCAGAACCCAGCUGCGGGGCUCAUGGGCAUGCCCAGCGCCCUGACCACGCAGCAGCAGCAGCAGCAGAAGCUGCGGCUGCAGAGGAUCCAGAUGGAGAGGGAGAGGAUCAGAAUGCGCCAAGAGGAGCUCAUGCGGCAGGAAGCCGCCCUCUGCAGACAGCUCCCCAUGGAAGCCGAGAUGAUGCCCCCGGUCCAGGCUGCUGCGAACCCUCCCACCAUGACCCCAGACAUGAGAUCCAUCACUAGUAACGGCUCAGACCCUUUCCUCAAUGGGGGGCCCUACCACUCACGGGAGCAGAGCACCGACAGCGGCCUGGGCUUGGGGUGCUACAGCGUCCCCACGACCCCCGAGGACUUCCUCAGCAACGUGGACGAGAUGGACACAGGAGAAACCGCAGGUCAGACGCCCGUGAACAUCAACCCACAGCAGACCCGCUUCCCGGAUUUCCUUGACUGUCUUCCGGGAACAAAUGUUGACCUAGGAACGUUGGAGUCAGAAGACCUGAUCCCCCUCUUCAAUGAUGUAGAGUCGGCCCUGAACAAAAGUGAGCCCUUUCUAACCUGGCUGUGAUCGCUACCUUCGUAACUGGGGUGCAGCCUGACCUGACAUUUUCUGGGCCUCUUGGAAAGGCGAGGGAGCUGGGCAAGCCAGCAGCCACCCGUUCUGCCUUCGUAACCCAGGCUCCCUCCUUUCCAUGUGACCAGUUCAAUCACUGCCUGGUUUUGAUUGACAUUCACAUCUUCUGCAAGCCUGCAUUUCUGUGGCAGAAGAUGCAGAAUUGUGCCUAUAGAAUUGGUGAUGCAGAAUUACUUUAUUCUCUCUGCUGCCCCAUGGCUAAGCUUUAUGUGUAUUAGUUGAAAUUUAUACAUAUAUUGAUUAUAAACCAUAGGAAGCUGACCACAGCCAGUGACUUCAGAUGGGCAGCUUGGUCAGGAACGGUGUCCCGACUUACAAUUUCAGAAACGGAGCGUGUCACAGUAGUACCAAAUGCCUUGAAACCUGUGUGAUGAGUUCUCAGACGCCGUCGUGCGGACGGUGAAAUCCUGCUCUCCGGAGCACAGCCUGGUUUUGAACCCGUGCUGACUCGAGGGCUCUUGUGACUGCACUAGCGCACACACAGUCCUGGGGUGGUUUAUCCUUGGUCGUCUUACUGCAGAGCACCUACAUACCCAGUCCCCAUGGCCAGGGGGCAGCAGCAGCAGCAGCAGCCACGGUUCUUAUCCUAGAGACCUUGCCAAAGAGACCAGUUUGGUACCAAAACAAGGAUUUAUUAAGCAAAACUUUUUUCUCUCAUAUUGCAACUUGGAUUUCUGAAAAAUGCAGCUUAGAAUUUGAUAUUUUUUUUAUAAAACACUGUAAUUUUGUAGCCAAUGACAGAGCAGCCAGAUGUUUUUGAUAAAUCAGUGGCAACUGAAUUUUUGUCUUUUGAAACCAUUCUGAGACAUCAGGACCGCAUAGAUGCCAACCUGAUGGCACAUGCAGUAAGCUGUUGCUUUUUACCUUGCAAAGCUUUGUCAGUUCUUCUGUCAACAUUUCUAGUGUUUGAAAUAAUCAUAUCUAUGAAACUGAAGGAUGAAGCAGAUCUCUGACUGACGCGUAAAAAAGAUGCCCUCCAAGGGCACGUGGUGGAGACGUGUUUCUGAAUUCAGUAGAACUGGUUCCUCCGUAUGUUCUCCUAACCCUGUUUGCUACGACUGGUAUAAAAAGGCAUGAGCUAUGUACUCCAUACCUCUAUGUAAACAAAAACUCUCUUCAUUAGCUUCCAGGGACUGAGAGUGGUGUGUCCACCUGGCAUGCAGUCUUCCCGCAUUGCCAAUGAAGUCCUCGACUGUUUGAUGUGUUUCAACUGACGUUAUUAUAAUCUAUGAAUUUAAUCUCUUUUUUGAAAGACAUUAAUAAUUCAGGUCUCUAAAAGCAAACGUUCCGUUCCCGUAGGGGCUUAUUUGCUGGGGAUCUUACAUGAGAUCCUUUCUGACCUACCGGAAUGCAUUUGAUCUAGUUGGAAAGAAGGCAAGUGGAAAGGUGGGCAAUGGAGUGGUGAGCUGAAAGGAAGUAGUGGAAGGGUUCCAGUUGUGGGGGAAAUGGAGGCACACGCUACCCCAAAGGCAAGACAAGUGGAGGUGAGGCCCGGAGAGCAGAGAGGCCAGCUUUGUGCCAGAGACCGUGGCAGGAGGAAAGAAGGCUCCGUGCACUGACAGGGCCAGGCGUGGCCCUGUCCCCAGGCGCGAGCUCCUGGGCUGGCUAGGCAGGGCCCGCUGUGGCCUGUGGCUCUAGCGAGGCCUGAGGACCCUUUGCUCUCUCAGCAUGGCCACCCGUGAGGAAGACUUUUAUGUUGCUACUAAAUUGAAAGGGAACACUCUUCUUUUCCUCUUUCAUUAGCAAAAAUUGCAAAAAGUUGUACAUUCUUUCUAAGAAAAAACAACAAGGGACCUAACAGAACUCAGCAGUGUUACUGUAUUUUUAAAAAAUAUUUUUAUAGACUCAUUUUCAGGUUAUUAAAUGUAAAAGAUACAGAUACCCUUUUUUUAAAAAAAAAAAGUAGUUAAUCAUUGAUGAUUUAUAUUACCAACUUUUAGGAGUAAUUUUCUAGGAAGCUUGUGCCAUUAGAACAUACUAGGAUAAUUUUUUUAGUGAAAUUAGUUGGAACAUUUAUCAAUGAACAUAAUAAGUAUUUUUCAGAAUAAAAUAUGGACCCUAUUUGUUUACUAAUAGAUAAAGCCAUAUAUAGUUUUAUGUUGUUUUUAAGGCCAUUAAGUAUGACCUUCUUUGAAGAACAUUAAGGCUAAAGAUCUCAAGUAAAAGCCUUUUUUUCUGAGGUGCUGGGGUUCCAACCAGCUUGCCAGGCCAUGCUCCACCCCAGCAUGUCAGAGCGACUUUCCAGUGGCGGUUUCUAUUAUUGUAAGUGUUAAAAUCCCUCAGAAGUCAUGAUAAGGUGCUAUUUAUAUUUCUUCUUAUUAAGACAGCUGCCAGGAUAUCUCGUAUUUUUAGUUCAAAAUUAAUCCAUAAAUUUCAGCAUCUCAUCCCAAAAUCUAUUUAGAGAAAAGUCAUAUUUCAAAAGGGAAAUUGAAAAAUAAUUUCAGAGAUUUUUAUUCAAGAUUUUUUUCCCUGAUAAAAUACAUUUUCUUGAAGCAAAUAAAUUUCAGAACUUAGUUGUCAUUUUUAAAAUCUAGGUAACUGUUAGACAUGUCUCCCCAUAGUACUUAGGAUAUGAAUGCCAUUUCUUCACUGACCACACGGACACAGGAAGCUCCUAAAACUGAAGUGUUCUGUGUGCCCGAGCUGCGGCCCCGCCUGGUGGAAAGCUCUCUGCAGAGAAGGUGAUGUGGGAUGUGAGGGAGGCUUGCUGAUCACCAGUGUGUUCUCACCGCACAGUGAGAAAGCGACUUCUGGAAGUGCAGCCAGCUUCUGUGAACAAAAAUAAGCUGUUAAAAAAAAGAAAUCAUGGAUUGAUUUAAUUGGGAAAAAUGGGUGACUGACAGAGACUGUUUCCCUAACACUAUAUCAUUUACGUGCUAGUACUUUAACUUUUUAAAAAUUUUACUUCUACAUUUUGUAAUAUGACAUUUGUGUGUUUAUUUUUAAUUUAGAAUGUUAUGCAUACAAAAAAGUGUGCAGCCAAAUCAAUCAGAUCAAACCCUUUUACCUGGAGUUUGGUACUGCAUUUUACUUCUCUGAUUAUGUAUAAGAAAAAUAAAUACAAUUGAGUUUCCA